CCAGAGUCCGAGAGCUGCCAGCACCGUGAGCCUGUGCCGUCGGGGCGCGCGUCCCCGGCUCCGUCCAGCGCCCAGCCGCCGACCCCAUGGCCGCCCCCCGCAGCCUCCUCGUGCUUCUCCCGGUGCUCGCGCUGGCCCAGGCACAGAUCAGAGGCCCGCCAGGAGAGCCUGGACCCCCGGGACCCCCGGGGCCGCCGGGAGUGCCCGGAUCGGACGGAAUCGACGGUGACAAGGGCCCCCCUGGGAAGGCUGGACCACCGGGACCUAAGGGAGAGCCCGGCAGAGCCGGACCAGACGGCCCAGAUGGGCGGCCCGGCAUGGAUGGCCUAACAGGAGCCAAGGGGGAGCCUGGCCCCAUGGGGACCCCAGGAGUCAAGGGACAACCUGGGCUCCCAGGUCCCCCCGGCCUGCCGGGCCCUGGCUUUGCUGGACCUCCUGGGCCCCCAGGACCUGUUGGCCUCCCUGGUGAGAUGGGACUGACAGGCCCCAAGGGAGAUCCUGGACCAGAGGGACCAGAGGGCCCCCCAGGGCCCCCCGGGAAACCGGGCCGGCCCGGAACCAUCCAGGGCCUGGAAGGCAGUGCGGAUUUCCUGUGUCCAACCAACUGUCCUGCGGGCGUGAAAGGCCCUCCGGGGCUGCAGGGAGUGAAGGGGCACCCCGGCAAACGUGGUGUUCUGGGAGAUGCUGGCCACCAGGGGAAGCCGGGUGCCAAGGGAGAUGUGGGUGCCUCUGGAGAACAAGGCAUCCCUGGGCCACCGGGCCCCCCAGGGGUCAGGGGCUACCCAGGAGUGGCAGGACCCAAAGGAGAAAUGGGUCCUCGUGGGUACAAAGGCAUGGUGGGCUCCAUCGGUGCCGCCGGGGCCCCGGGCGAGGAAGGUCCACGGGGGCCGCCAGGUCGUGCUGGGGAGAAGGGUGAUGUGGGCAGCCAAGGAGCUCGAGGCCCCCAGGGCAACACAGGACCCAAGGGAGCAGCUGGCCCCCCAGGCAUCGACGGCAAGGACGGGACUCCCGGUACUCCUGGCAUGAAGGGCAGUGCGGGGCAGGCAGGGUGGCCAGGGAACCCAGGCCACCAGGGCCUUGCGGGCGUGCCAGGCCAGCCCGGAUCAAAAGGAGGCCCAGGAGACAAGGGCGAGCCAGGACCCAGGGGCCUUCCCGGAGUGUCUGGUCCCCCCGGAAAGGAGGGAGAAGCAGGACCUAGAGGAGAGAUCGGCCCACAGGGCAUCACAGGGCAGAAGGGGGACCAGGGCGAGAGGGGACCGGUGGGGCAGCCGGGUCCUCUGGGACGGCAGGGCCCCAAGGGUGAGCAGGGUCCCCCUGGGAUUCCAGGGCCCCAAGGCUUGCCUGGCGUGAAGGGAGACAAGGGAGCCCCAGGAAAGACCGGACCACGUGGGGGUGUGGGUGACCCAGGGGUGGCCGGCCUCCCUGGAGAGAAGGGGGAGAAGGGCGAGUCUGGGGCACCAGGACCCAAAGGGCAGCAAGGAGUCCGCGGAGAACCCGGCUAUCCCGGCCCCAGUGGGGAUGCAGGUGCUCCAGGGGUGCAGGGCUACCCCGGGCCCCCUGGCCCCCGAGGACUUGCUGGAAACCGAGGCCUUCCGGGCAGGCCUGGCAGACAGGGCGUCGCGGGCCGGGAUGCCAGUAACCAGCACAUCAUCGAUGUGGUGCUGAAGAUGAUGCAAGAGCAACUGGCUGAGGUGACUGUGAGUGCCAAGCGGGAGGCCCUGGGUGCGGCAGGGAUGAUGGGCCUCCCGGGCCCCCCAGGCCCUCCUGGAUAUCCAGGCCAGCAAGGACCCCACGGGCACCCUGGCCCUCGGGGCAUCCCUGGCAUCGUGGGAGCCGUGGGUCAGAUCGGCAACACGGGGCCCAAGGGAAAACGUGGAGAGAAAGGGGAUCGGGGAGAUGUGGGGCGUGGCCAUCCUGGAAUGCCGGGCCCCCCGGGGAUCCCAGGACUCCCUGGCCAGCCUGGCCAGGCAAUCAAUGGCAAGGACGGAGACCGAGGGGCACCCGGGGCCCCAGGAGAGGCCGGCCGCCCUGGCCUCCCUGGCCCAGUGGGGCUGCCGGGCUUCUGUGAGCCGGUGGCCUGCCUUGCAGCCUCGGCCUACGCCUCUGCACGCCUCACCGAGCCUGGGUCCAUCAAGGGGCCAUGAGCACGAAGGCCCGAUUGCAGGCUGUAAGCACCUGGGGGACGGCAUGAAACCCAGACCAUCCCGCAGCCCAGGAAAUCGGCUCUCCCAGGAUCUUCUGGCCGGGACUGUGGAGAAGAAAAUUCUAAAACGUGGGAGAGAAAAAGGCCUGGGAAUAAGACGAGGCCGACCCACCCGCUGGGGUCCCAGCUCUGAAGGGAAGCGGGUGGCAGGCCUGCUCACUGGGUGCCGCGUGGCUGUUAGGAGAUGAACGUCACCUUCAGCUGCCCUCCCCCCACUUGUGGUCUCAUCCUGAGGUGGGGUUGAGGUGUCUGCCAGCAUCAGCUCCCCCAUCUGCCCCCUGGAUUUACCAGUGGGGUGACUGCUGAGACAACCAGCCUUAAGCCAAUCUCCCAACUCUUCCCUCUCCCAUCAAAGUAUUUAAACACUCGGCCUUUCCCCUCCACACCACUCCUCUACACUUCCCCAGGUUCUUUUGUAAAUAAAGUGCCCAGUGGGUCCAAACCAG